GGGACUUUAACACGUAGUUCAAUGAGGGAGCUAAGGUUGCCAAACCUUUGGAUGGGAGUAAGUUCUUACAGCGGGUGUCCAGUAACAAUACUGAAUAGGCCCAGGGAAAAGCAUUAGUGAGCUGAAUCUAAAAAAUGGCUAUGCUAUAGCUGACACGCCCUCCGUCUUUGUAAACAAACGUUGUAUUCAACUUUUAACACGAUAAAAAAGAUUGACAACUUACUAAACGAAGAUCAUUCUUUGCAUAAAGGACCGCUGAAACGCUCUGCAUGGCCGAUUUCUGAAUUGCCUCGUCUGAAUAUGGAAAUUAUGAUGUUGAACUGAAUACAAAUAGAUUUCUUGUAAAUUUUACAGUUUUCUAACGAGGUACAGCCUCUGUCCUUUUCAAUAUGGAACCCGGAAGCGACCAAAUGUUUUCACCACACGAAAAUUUGAUAAAAAGCCUAGAAAACAUUCUUCUGAAUGAUGAAUUCAAUGUUCUAGGCAAAGAAUAUGUCUUAUAUUGUAUGCAGAAAGAAAUUUCAUUCGACAAAAAUGGCAACGAAUCACCCGAAUCUGAGAAAGAAGAUGUGAAUUUUUCGAAGUUCAAAAAUAGGCAGAAAUCAAGAAGUAAAUUAAAAACCUGUAUUCACUACACCUCAUAUGGGGCUUUUGUGGCCAUUAUAUCAUUGAUAUGUAUUGUAUCUAUGUAUGGAGUUGAGUGGAUGCGGAAUGAUAUGUUUGACGUAUCUUACUUCAUUCAACGCUAUUCUCGAACAACGCUGCUACCACUACAAGGACUCUUGCAAGAAUUCUAUGAUACAGACUGCUUGAUACACAACCCAUAUUAUAGCAACUAUGAUGAUUCCUUUGAGUGUGAUAUCUGCACCAACUUAACAAGAGUGGAAGAUUACACUGGUUUUAUCAAUUCAAGCAACUUUGAAGAGGAAAUGGAGGAAAAUGGACAAAUAUUUAUUUUGAAGGAACAGUUUCCGUUUCGUGUUGAGUUUGAAGAUCUGAAGAAAACGUUUACAGAUAAUCAGAAAAUGUUGACAUUAGACCCGCAUCAGUUUAUCACAAAUCGCAAGAUCAAAGGUCUGGAACAUCUGUUUGAAGAAUGUUCAUCAGAUAGCUUAGAGAAUACUCACAAGGAUCUGAAUGUUGCUUGGAUAACGAGGAAGGUUAAAUCUGCUCAAAUUAUACGUAGAAUAUUCACGCGGCCUGAUUUUGUGCCGAAACAUUCCGAAGUUGGACUGCAGAAAAACAUCUUCAUAGAUGGACCAGAAUCUGGAGGUUAUCCACUGCCAGUGGGAGACUUUGCGUGUAACUGGUAUGUGCAGGCACACGGGUCCCGUGUUCUGGUGUUUGAACCCUCCAGAGAAUGUAUGGGUAGUUGUGUGCAGAUGAGCGUUACAGUGAAUGAACGUGAUAUAGUGUACUGGAUGGAUUCAGUGUAUGAUGCCCGAAGUGAAGCCACGUCAGAUAGCAGCUCCUACAGCAUAAGCUUUACAUCAAGUUUUAUUUAACAAUUGACUCAAUGGAUGGAUACCAAUAUUACAGCAUCAAUGUACCUGUUUAAAAAUAUAAUAAAAUUCAUCUGUGACUUUUUUGUGGAUAUCUCACCACUGUUGGGAAAAUGAUCAUGUGGUGAAUGGAUAGAAAUAUUUGGUUCAUUUAACAAAAACUUCAAUGAAUAUCUGAAUUAGGCU